UAUGUAGACAAAGUGAAAGAGAUGUUGUUUUUAGUUUAUAACAAGUGAGAAAGAGAAAGUGUAAAUUGAUUUUAGGUGCAUUAAGAGCUUCAAAUUGGUUGUUCAUGGUGGUUGGGGUAUUGAUGACAAUGAAAAUCUUGUAAUUACUUGAAAAUGAUGAGGGGGAGAGAGAGUAAAAAUGUCAUUUUCGGAAAAAAAAAAAUUGAUGACAUUUUCGUGAAUUUUAUAAACUUGUGGAGUGAAUAGUACAAAAAAAAUCCAAAAAAAACAUGGAUUAGUUUUAGGUUUGACUUUGAGUUUUGAGUCAAUCUUGCAAAAAAAACCUAUUAUAUAUAUGCAUAAUACUCUAGCCUAUGAGUUGUAAUGGAUACGUAUUUAAUUUUGGUUAUCCAAGUGGUCUAAUUUCUCAAAAAAAAAAAUUUCCAGCACAGGUGCAGACGCACAAAAGGUUUCGCAGCAUAUUUAUUGCUACUGUGAAAAUUUAUUUCGCGAAAAAAUGAUUUCACGAUUUAAAAUAUAAACGUGGAAAGAGCGCGUACACACAUUAAAACAUAAACGUGGAAAGAGCGCGUACACAUAUUUCUAUGGUUCCUGACAUUACAAAUCUAAUCAUUCUCCAUACUGCAAAACAAUAAACAAAAAUUAAAUAAAUUCUUUUUUUUUUGUCAACAAACUUUUCAUUAGCUUUUAUAAUAAAGAUUGGGCCAAUACAUAUUAAAUACAUGUUACAACGAUGGGUGUAAGCCCAAUACGAAAACCCUAAACUAGUGUCUUCGUGAGGAAGCAGCUGAGACACGUUUCUUUCACCGUUUCAUCCUUCAUUGCCACGUGUAUGAGACAUGCAUCUGGGGGAAAGAUCUGGAAUCGACAUCCAUCGGACCUCUCCGCCGGCUCCGCCAUUCAAUCUCCAUGCCUCCUUAUGAUUGACCCGAUCUCAGGCUUCUUCACCACCAAACCGUUGCUUAUAAUCGGAACCUGCCUCAUCUACAGAUAAUUAACCUGGGACUGAUCAGAUUGACUUGAUGAAAGAUCUUUUGUCAGACCACCGUGAAGGUGCCAACUCUACUAAAUCUUCAUGAAGCCAUCAAACUGAAUCCAACAUCACUUCUUUCUCUCUGUUUAGGAUACUUUUCUUCAAGAUCGAUCUAUUGGUUCCUUAAGAGGAGAGAAAAGAUUGAUUCCUGUAGGAGAGAAAUACAUGCAUAUCCGAGAAGAAGAUGAGAACCAAUUCAAAGCUGGACGGAAUUUAAAUAAGCUCAAGUGAAGAGCCAAUGAAACCGAUCAUAGAUGAUCGGACUUUAUUCCAUCACCACAAAAGUCGCCAUCGCGAAGGAGAAACUCGCCGAGCGAAAAAGAGAGUCGAUCGUGAGAUCGAAUUAUAUUUUACAUAAAACAACAAACAAAAAGAUGGUUGAUGACCGGCGGCAAAAAGCCACCGGCCACCAAAAGCGGUAUCAGAUUAUUCGAAGCUUAGAGAGAAGCUGGAGCUCUUUUUAGAGAGAGAAAAGAGUUAAAAAUUAAAUAAAUUCAGAGUGUACUCUUCUUCCCUCUUGUGCUUAUAUAUUUAUAAUCCUAGUGUCGACUUUCCUAAUUUAGUCUUAAUAGAUUAUAUACAUUGGGGACUUUAUCAUGAGUGUUCUUAGCAUGAAGGGUGGGGAUGGAGAGCAUAGUUAUGCAAAUAAUUCCGAGGUGCAGAAAAAAUAUUAACUCCCAUGCAAAACUGGCUGUGGUCGAAAACGUAAAGGAAGUGAUAGUGAAAUUGGGGUUUCCUGAGUGUAUCAAAGUGGCCGACUUGGGGUGUUCUUGCGGAGAAAACACGUUCUUGGCUAUGUCCGAAAUCGUCAACACCAUCAUAGAAUCAUACCAACAAAAAGGACAAAAUCUACCAGAGAUAGAUUGUUGCCUGAACGAUCUUCCAGACAACGACUUCAACACUACCUUCAAAUGGCUCCCUUCCUUCCACGAGAAGCUCAAAAUGAAUGUCAAAGAGAAGUGCUUCGUCUCAGGAGUCCCAGGCUCAUUCUACUCAAGACUUUUCCCUAGCAAGUCUCUUCAUUUUGUUCAUUCAUCUUUGAGUCUCCAUUGGCUUUCUAAGGUUCCUGAUGGGCUUGAGGAAAACAAGACGAACGUGUAUCUUAGAAGUCCAUGCCCUCCGAAUGUGUACAACAGUUAUUUGACUCAGUUCAAGAAUGGUUUCUCAUUAUUUCUAAGAAUGCGUGCGGAGGAGACAAUGCCUGAUGGACGUAUGGUUCUCACUUUAGUGGGCAGGAAAGCUUUGGACCCUUUAUCCAAAGAUUGCUUCCAGAAUUGGUCGUUGAUAUCUCAUUCCCUCCUAGAUUUGGUCUCUGAGGGGAUAGUGAAGGAAUCAGAUGUGGAAUCUUUCAACUUGCCGUUUUACAAUCCUGACGAAAACGAGGUGAGGGAAGUUGUUGAAAACGAGGGCUCUUUCAAGAUCAACAAUUUCGAGACAGUAUUUGGUCUUCUCUUUUCAUACAAAACUGGUCGUACUGAAGUGAAAGAUGAUGAUAAUGUGGACCAAUCAUGUCUACUUGAAGUCGUUAGAAAGAGAGCAAAAACCAUAAGAUCCAUUACCGAACCGAUGCUUGCUGCUCAUUUUGGAAGCGCCAUAAUGGAUCGUCUGUUCGACAAGUAUACAUACCAUUUAGCCCAACGUUACGAUAUACCAUUUAGCCCAACGUUACGAUACUUUGCGCAACAAACCAACCGUUAAUUUCUUUCUUUCGUUGAUCAGGAAGAAACACGCCUCCGAGUUGAUGCUUUCGUCCAAUUUAUAUUAAACUUUAAAU